UUUUUUUCUUUUAUCUUCUUCUUCAUCAUCAUGACACAUAUUUCAUGCUUUGUUACAAUACAUAUUGAAGAAAAGGAAAAAGAACAUUUACAACAAUUAUUACAAAUACCUUUGGAAUUCAUCAAUCAACAAGAACAAAUAGCAACUUUGGAUAACGAGCGUCUAUAUCUUGUAUGGGACCAACCGGAUUCUCUUUUACUUGUUAUCACUUCUUCGUCGUCAACCCGUUACAAUAUACAUGAUGAAAAGGACAUACAACUCUUGGUUUGUCAACUAGUAUCUCUCUCAAACAAUCUAGAUAAAUCUUUUGAAGAUAAACCAAAGGAACACGCUCUCUAUCUCGAUCUACCGUUAUUGAAACUGAACCACAAUGAUAUAGAUAGAUUACGCCAAGCUAUUGUACAGUGUCUUCAUGACAGAUGCUCAUUAACUGUCUUGUUGGACACUACUGCUAUUCCCUCCUAUUCGUCAUCAUAUUCCCGCUAUUCAACAACAACCACAACAACAACAACCACUUGGUCUAUUCAAACUGAAGAACAAUGGAAAACAUGGCAAGCUCUAAUAGGCGAACUAUACAUAACUCAAGCCCAGUUGACUUAUUCCCACCAUCAACCUCUUUUUGAUAUGACUGUUGUCUUUCUUCCAUUUGUACGUCGUGAAACAGAAAAGGCGAUUCCCUCCACAUUGUCCAAUAUUGAUACAAUAUUUGUAACAAACCAAGAUACCUCAUUGAUCAAGACUUGGAAUGAAGAACGACAACAUUUUGGUUAUCCUCCAUUAACAGUGAAACAAAUGGAGUCUACAUGCGAAAGCAGUAACAAUGAUAAUCAAAAAGGAAUUGAGAAUAGGACGAACAAAAACGAAGAAGAAAACCAUCGAUUUGAAAGGGUAAUAGUGGGUGGCACAUUUGAUCAUCUUCAUGCUGGACAUAAGAUACUAUUGACCAUGGAAGUACUAUCCUCGACAAAAUCUGUUGUGGUGGGCGUUACUGAUGAUGCAAUGUUGGAAUCCAAGAAAUAUAAGGAAUGCAUGGAAUCGAUUGAUGAACGAAUUGCAAACGUACGACAAUUUUGUGAAAGGAUACGACCGGAUUUGAUCUAUGAAGUGGUACCUAUCUAUGAUCCAUAUGGGCCGACAAUCACUGAUCCAACGAUAGAACUUUUGGUAUGUUCUGUUGAAACUUUGAAAGGUGGUCAUAUGGUCAACGAGGAACGACAAAAGCGACAUUUCCCACUCGUAGUAUUAUGGGUGAUUGAUGUGAUCUCGGCAGCUUCUCAAGAAAUUGGAUUGGAUGAUGAAAAUAAUGACAAAGAUCAAUGGACUAGCAAGAUUAGUAGUACUUGGAUCAGACAAUAUCUAUCAACACAGGGCAAUGAUAAGAAAGACUAGACUAGCUAGUGUUUUAUUCUUUAUUCUUUUAUCUUUUUUUUUUAUUUUUAUAUUUUGAAAUAAAACAUAUAUUGAUAAGAAAUC